GUCGGGGUGUGGUUUCCUACUCUAGGGCUGCUGGCCUGGCUGUGCUGCCUCAGUCUGGGGCCCGUUCAGGGGGGGAAGGUGCUGGUUUUGCCUGUUGAUGGAAGCCACUGGCUUAGCAUGAAGCUACUGGUGAAAGAGCUCAACCAGAGGGGCCAUGAGGUCUUGGUGCUGGUGCCGGAUAGCAGCCUGUUGAUCCACAGCUCAGAGAGCUUCAAGACUGAGGUUUACCCAGUGUCCUUUACAAAAGCUGACCUGGAUGGACGAUUCGAACAGCUGACGGAGGGACUAUUUCUCAAGCCACCACAAAUGACAGACAUCUUUCUCAAUGUACAGCGUUUGGUCAACUUUACAUCAUUACAGGUGGAGGGUUGUGAGAGUUUGCUGAACAACCAGACUUUGAUGAGUCGGCUGAGGGUAGGGGGCUUUGAUCUUGUGCUUACUGACCCCUUCCUUCCCUGCGGCUCCAUCCUGGCUCAUCUCCUUUCCAUUCCAGCUGUUUAUUUCCUGCGUGAACUUCCAUGUGGACUGGAUACAAAGGCAAACCAAUGCCCGUCUCCUCCCUCCUACGUUCCUGCAGCCUUCUCUGGCAAUACAAACAUCAUGACCUUCCCACAAAGAGUCAAAAACAUGCUCAUGUCUGGUGUGGAGUCCUACGUGUGCAGAAUAAUCUACAGCAACUUUGACGAUCUAGUCAGCAGGCAUUUAGAAGAAAAGAUGACCUACAAGGAACUUAUUAGUUAUGGUGCUAUAUGGCUUCACAGAUAUGACUUCACAUUUGAAUGGCCUAAACCUAUCAUGCCAAACAUGGCUUUUAUUGGAGGUAUCAAUUGUGCAAAGAAGGCUCCUCUGCCAGCGGAAAUAAAGGAGUUUGUGGAUGGCUCUGGAGACGAUGGGUUCAUUGUCUUUACCUUAGGCUCAAUGGUGUCCAACAUGCCAGAGGAGACAGCGAAACAGUUCUUUGAGGCCUUCCGGCAACUGCCUCAAAGGGUAUUGUGGAGAUACACUGGAGUCCCACCUAAGGAUGCACCCAAGAAUGUCAAACUUAUGAAGUGGUUACCUCAGAAUGACCUCCUCGCCCAUCCCAAAGCCAAAGUCUUCAUCACUCAUGGAGGAACCCAUGGCAUCUAUGAAAGCAUCUGUAAUGCAGUGCCCAUGUUGAUGUUUCCACUGUUCGGGGACCAGAGUGACAAUGUAAACCGCCUGGUGGCGCACGGUGUUGCAGAGAGACUUGGUAUUUAUGACGUGACCACUGAAAAACUAUUGACUGCCCUAAAGAACAUCAUCCGUGACAAAAGUUACAAAGAGAAGAUAGUGAAGAUGUCUGAGAUACACCUGGACCGUCCCGUUCAGCCUCUGGAGCUUGCUGUUUUCUGGACUGAAUUUGUCAUGCGACACAAAGGAGCCUCACAUCUAAGAGUUGCUGCACAUGAAUUGAACUGGAUUCAAUACCAUUGCUUGGAUGUCAUCGGCUUUUUACUCAUGAUUCUCUUUACUGUUCUGUGGGUAACGCUCAAAUGCUGCAUGUUCUGCUUUAAAAAGUGUUGCAGAAGGGAGAGUGCAAAGAAGAAGAAACAGUAGAGGUUUUGUAAUUCAACUUUCACACUUUUUUU